AUGUCCCAGAAGACGCAGGAGGUGCUCACGCAAGAGGAGCUCAACCUCCGGGUGCGCCAGGGUCUGCAGAGGCGCAAGAAGUGUGCUCUGUGCACCCAGAUCUUCUACGUGAACGAGCUGCCUGGGGCCAUCACGCACAAAUCCAUCUUAGAGCUGCGCCAGAAAUGGGGCAUGGACGUGCGUCGAGGCGACUACAUGCCGCCACCGUCGCAGCUGUACAAGCGGGAGGAGAUUUGCAUUUUCUGCAUGCAGUUCUUUGACACAACAGGAUCGAUGCAGACACAGCAGAAACUGCUGGCGUCCACCCGUGACGGCAUCUCACCGGCGCUGACAUUGCGGUAA